AAGUGGAACACACAGACACACUCACCAAAGUGGAGUUUCACCAUGCAUGUGUCCAACCACCGGAGGAUCAGCGUCAUUUAAAAAGAUAAACAACGUGGACUUGGGAGUGUUACAAGAAGCCGGCCAGCAGACAGGAACACAAACACAGCGCCCUCAGACAUGGCCAGCACCCAGACCAGCUUGAAAACCUCCUUCAAAGACUUGACCUCAUUCAAGGGAAGCAUGAAGCGUCUGUACAGGGAGCGGCUGGAGGACGCGCCCAUCAAGAAGCGAGUGAUGGCCGAGAUCAACCUGAAACGCCGCAGCCUGGAUUCCUUCCACAAGACGGCCAAAGUGAAGCGGGAGUACAUCGAGGAGCCGCAUCACGACGCCGACCCGGGGGCCGACCCGCACGGAGCAUCCUCGGCUAAAGCCCUGGAUCUGAGCCCGGGGCUCAAACACACGUUGGCCCAGUUCACUCUGAGCAGCCAGAGCUCCCUGGGGGGCCCGGCCGCCUUUUCAGCGCGCAGCAGCCACGAGCAUUCCCACGCUGGCAUGCCCCCUCUGCCCUCGCCCCCCGUCCUGGGGGGAGGCCCUCUGCUCGUCCCCUGCGACAGCUCCACCGAGCUCACCCACUCGCUCCUGGAGGGCGAGUCCAUCUCCUGCUUCGUGGUGGGGGGCGAGAAGCGCCUCUGCCUGCCCCAGGUGCUCAACUCGGUGCUGCGCGACUUCUCUCUGCAGCAGAUCAACACCGUGUGCGACGAGCUCUACGUGUACUGCUCCCGCUGCGACGCCGAGCAGCUGCAUAUUCUCAAGGUGCUCGGCAUCCUGCCCUUUAACGCGCCGUCCUGCGGCCUCAUCACGCUGACGGACGCACAGCGGCUGUGUAACGCUCUCCUGCGCCCCGGGGCGACGCUGCCCGCCGACCUCAGCGUCAAGCUGUCGGCGCAGGGCCUGCUGAAGGAGACGGAGGCCGGCUUCCAGGUGGAGCACCAGUGCCUAGGGAAGUGCCAGGGCCUCUUCGUGCCCCAGUUCUACACCCAGCCCGAGGCGCCCUGCAUCCAGUGCGUCGAGUGCCACUUGCUCUUUUCCCCGCAGAAGUUUGUCAUGCACUCGCACAAGUCGCCUGACAAGAGGACCUGCCAUUGGGGCUUUGACUCGGCCAAGUGGCCCUGCUACCUGCAGCUAGCCAGGAAGUACCAGGGCUCGCCCGAAGAGGCCAAGAUCAAGCAGCUGCUGGACGAGGUCAAAGAGAAGUUCCACUACCAGCUCAAGAGGUCGCUCGACAAAAAAGAGGCCGAGGACGAUGAAGAGAGCCAGGCGCACAGACCCUCCGCAGACCUCUGCUCCCCAGGCAGCAAGUUGGCUGAAGCGGAGCUCACGAGAAAGGAGAAAACAUCUCCCCCAACUGUGGUGUAUAAAGGCCUUUUCUCAGACAUCAAGGAGGAGCCAGGACACCCCACCCUGGUUCACCCCAGCUACUACCUGUACACGUACGAUAAGAUGGUGGCUCCCAACGUGUCAGUGCGGCGGGAGACGGAGAUGAGCCCCGAGAUGCUGGGAACGCUGCUCAAACACCACUACGGGCGCCGGGUGCUGCACCCCGAUGAACCCCCCAUGGAUCUUCACGCGUCGCCUCCCCUCACCGCUGCCAAGGAGGCCAAAUCCCAACAUGCCACUGCCGCCUCGGCCGGCGAACACGAAUGCCAAGCCCAGGCAGUUUCCAUGGAGACCGGCAGCCUGAGCGGCAAGAUAGCCGCUCACGCCCCCACUCCUCCUCCCCCUCCUCAUCCUCCCGCGUCGCCGGCGGUAACGGGGGAGGACACGGGCUGCGGCGGAAGCGUGGCGGUGGAGGACGACAAGGACAGGAUCGUGGUGGAGAUCAUGCAGAUGUACGGCAGGCAGCAGGAGAAGCUCAACUCUACCCUGCACAAGCAGCUGCAGCUGGAAAUGGAGCUGGAGGCGCUGCGUGGCGGCGAGGCGGUAAGGCUACGCGAGCUCAGCGCCGAGCAGCGAGAGCUCCGCACCGAGCUGGAGGCGGUGCACAGCGAGCAGGCGCGCCAGCUCGGCCGGGCGCGCCAGGAGCAGCUGGAGCUGGAGGCGCGCCUGGAGCAGCUGCGGCAGCAGGCGUGCGCUUGCGAGCCGGCUUUCCAGCGCCAGCAGGAGGCGCACUACACCGCCCAGCUGUCGGAGCUGCGUCAGAGGCUGGAGCGAGCCGAGGCCGACCGGCAGGAGCUGCAGGAGGAUCUGCGGCGCGAGCGCCAGGCGCGGCAGGACCUGGAGCGCACCAUCGGUCAGCUCAAGCAGCAGAUGGUCCAGUCCGCCAGCCCCUCCCCUCCUCUCACCCCCUCCACCGGACCCCCAAACGCCCAAUCACCGGCCUCCUCCUCGUCCUCCGCCUCCCCUUCCUCCUUCCCGGAGGCGACCCCAAAGUAACUGACCCUCGUUCCUCUCCUCCAUCUUGAGGCAUCUUGCUUUUAUUUGUUUUUUCUUCUUGUGCUCCUCACCUCAUAUUAUUAUUAUUAUUAUUAUUAUUAUCCUCUCAACAAACAGUAUUUGAAGAUUUUUUGUUUUGUUUAGCAUGAUUUUAAUUUAUAUCUUUUAAUGGGCACAACCACCGCUGCUUGGUCGUGGAGAGAACCAGCUCACUUCUUCUUCUUCUUCUUCUUACGCGGCACACAGAGUCAAGGACCUUUACUCUUUCUAAAGAAAAAAAGAAUAUAAAACUGCCUCAUGUGAAUAAGUCAAUGGUGAAACAGGCACUACUCCUCAAGGUCGCGAGCUAGACUAGACGCCCUCCCUCGUCCACUUUUAGGCCAGACAAGAAACACUGUGCUCCACUUCAUUACUGCGCUGUACCACCGGAAGCCCCCCCCCUAACCCUUCCACCCGUACCCAAACAAACCAGCCACCUCCCCCACUCGUCAUCUAUGGCUACGUGAGGGUCACCCAUCGAGGAACGACGUGACAAGCGGUUUAAGUUUGAGAUGUUCCCCCCCGGUAUUCUCCUCGGUUGAUCAACGGCACAAGCAAAGAGGGGGCACACGUCAAACCUUUUCUUGUGUGCCAUCAGAAUUGAGGCAGCUUUUGGUGUGGAACUGCACACUCCCCAAACUGUCACGGCACGUCCUGGACCCCCGGGGGCCGCGGGUUUAGCAUGUUGUCCAUCCAGCUACAGAAAGACUUUUUAUUCAUGUUGCCAGGCGGGAAAGUGCUUUUUAUUGCCUCGAAAGAUACCUAUGUGUGUGUGUGUGUGUGUGUGUGCAUGUGUAAAUAAUGGUUGAAAUGAGACAUGUUGGGAGGCUUUUAAACUUUAUAUGCAUCUCUUGUGGGGGAAAAUGCAAAUGAAUAAGACAUUCCACUGUGCUCCAUCUCUCCUUCAAAAAUGCCUAUUUUUUUGAAGACGUGUUCCACGGACAAAAAAAAAAAAAAAGAAACCUUUAAUAAUAAUAAUAAUAAUGACGAAAGAAGAAAAUAACUGAAGAUUUAUAUUGACUCUUGUUGUAAAUACACUAGGAAUGAUUAAUAUAUGAAGUGUAAUCUUCUGAAGGUUACAUCAGCUGGACCAGACACAUUUUCUUUGCCAACUUGUGGACGACAUCACACUUUUAACCCCCCCGAGCCCCCUCUUUAAUGACACUCUUUCACACAAAUGUCAUCCAGUCAGCAGAAAUGCCUUUUUUUUUUGCAAUGGAAAGGAAAACAUUUUUUUUAUUUAAUUUCUUUGCAUGUUUUGCUGGCCCUCAUGUUUGUGCCACAGAAGAAAUCCCCUGCAUGCGAGUGUUCUUCUCUUGAAGUCUUUUUAAAAAGGUGACGAGGACGUAUCCUCUUCACACUCAGUAUUUUGUAUCGUCUUAACGCAGCAAAACAAUAUCACUUUUUUUAUCUCCUCCUUCCCCCUUUUUUGCGCUGCAAUUUGCAUUUCACACACAAGGGGCCGCUGUUUACGUUAAAAGCGGCACCCCAUGAAGGGAUGGUGUGUAGGGCAUUUUCUUUUUUUUUUUUGGUUUUUAUUUUGUUGCAUUUUGCAGUGUAAAGACAACUUGGAUAUGCUUUGUACAGAAUUUUUACAGUCGUGCGGUUUCUCCCCUCCCUCCCCUCGCUCCAAAAAGGACGUAUCCACCGCUUUCGCGAGCGUGCCUUGUCCUUCUCCGCAGCAGAUCGGUACAUUGUUAGUUCCUUUUCCACUCUUCUUGUGAGGGAACUUUCCAGUGCAUCUAAAUACAAAGACAUUGCUCAGAAGAAGCAUCCUCCCCUCUUUUUGCUCCCGCCCAAAUGCUGAAACAUGAAACUGCGGUGUCUGUGCAUACGACCAUUGCCAAUAACAUGUGAUGAGACUUUUGUUCUUUGCAUGAAACGAGACACUGAUCUCCUACCUCAUGUUGUGAUAUAUAUAUAAAUAUAAAUAUAUAAAAUAUGUAUAAGAGAAUAUGUUUUUUUAAACGCAGAGGACACUGCUAAUAUUUACCAGUACGUUGACAUACCUGUAAAUGCUUUCUGGCUAAUACCUCAGUUGUAUGUAGUGGUUUGUUUAUUUUCUGUCCCUUUUUUCUCCCUCAAUUCAUUUCAGAUCUUGUAAAUAGAGACCCUGUAUAGACCAUGAACUUGGAUGAAAUUCAAGUAAAGUUCUGUAGUGUUAAGCUAUCGUCUGGUGUUUG